AGAAACGUAAAAGUUAUCCUGCUUUUAUAAAACUUGAUGCUAUUAAUUAUGCAAAACAAAUGAAAGAGAAAUUGAAAAAAGCAAAACAAACAAAUCGUAGAAUAGGAUCAGGAAUAGGUGUUACACCUUCUGAUGUUAAGAGUAAUAUGAAAUGUCUACUUAAUACAGAGUUUAGACAAAUAUAUCCUAAUGCUAUUUACAAAUUUCAAGCUGCAGAUACAUGGUUUUAUCAUUUUAUAAAUCAUUCAGACUUUUCUCUUCACAGACGUACAAAAGUUUCUCAAAAGCUUCCUAAGGAUCUGCAAGAAAAACUUUUAAUGCUUCAUGAAGACAUUUAUAAAUUGCGAAGAAACAAUAAUUUUAAUCUAAAUUGCAUAGCUAAUGUAGAUGAAACACCCAUCUUUUUUGAUAUAGUUGGUGCUCUUACACUUGAUUAUCAUGGUACUCAUUCAAAUAAUAUUUCACCAAAAAUUAUAUUCAAGUCUUUCAAGAAAUGUAGAAUAUCUAAUGCUUUGGAUGGUUCGGAAAAUGGAUUAAUUGGCAUAAAUGAAGAAAAUAACGAUGAACAUUUUGUUGUGCUCAAUAAUGAAAAUAAGAACGAAAGUAUUGAAAUAGUAUCUUUGAUUUAA